UCUCUCUCUUUCUCACACUCAAAAAAAAAAAAAAAAACACCCUCGUUAUUAUCUUGAGCAUUUAUUUCCUUUAAGAAGAUGGCGGCGAGUCAGGGAGGAGCGGUACCCGCGACGGUCCUGCAGGGCCAUCACUAUCCAGCCGGACCGCACUGGAGCGCGAAUGGCGCGCCCGCGCACCCGCAGCCGCCGCACACCGCGCGCAGCCUGGACCGCGCGCUCGAGGACGCCGCGAGCUCCGGCGUGCUGAACAUCAGCGGCAGGAAACUGCGCGAUUACCCCGGACUCAGCUACGAUCUCACGGACACCACGCAUGCAGAUUUAUCCAAGAACCGUUUUGGAGAGAUCCCUCCGGAAGUGUGUAUGUUUGCGCCGCUGGAGUCGCUCAACCUCUACCACAACUGCAUCAAGAUGAUUCCAGAAGCCAUCGUUAACUUACAGAUGCUUACAUACCUCAAUAUCAGUCGGAAUCAACUGUCUGUGCUGCCCAAGUUCCUGUUCAACCUGCCACUCCGAGUCCUGGUGGUCAGCAACAACAAACUGCUCUCCAUUCCGGACGACAUCGGCAAAGCCAAAGAUCUCAUGGAACUGGACAUAAGCUGUAAUGAAAUUCAGGUGCUUCCUACUCAGAUGGGGAAACUCCAUGCCUUAAGAGAACUAAACAUCAGAAGAAACUGCAUACAAGUCCUUCCCGAUGAGCUGUCGGAUCUGCCGUUGAUCAGGUUGGAUUUCUCAUGUAAUAAGAUCACAGAAAUCCCCUCAUCUUACCGCAAACUCUGCCAGAUCCAGCACAUCGUCCUCGACAACAACCCCAUGCAGUCCCCUCCUGCACAGAUCUGUCUGAAGGGGAAGAUUCACAUCUUUAAGUAUUUGAACAUGCAGGCGUGUCGGCUGGAGAAAAAGCCCGACUCGCUGGAUCUGCCCCUACCGGGCAAACGCUGUUUAGCACAACAGCUAACAGACAGCAUAGAGGAUUUUUACCCCAGUAAGAACCACGGACCUGAUUCGGGUAUUGGCAGUGACAACGGUGAUAAGAGACUAUCGACCACAGAGCCCUCAGAUGACGACACUAUUAGUCUACACUCUCAGGUGUCGGAGACGGCACGGGCCGAAGCCCACUCUCUCCUCUGCAAGCUGGAGUCUAACCGAGCAGAUCACGACCCGUAUGACUUCAUUGACCCAAACCCAGAUGAAGAUGUUGUUCUCUCUGAGGCUGACAUGCAGCAGAACACACCCUACAUCACAUGCAUCAAGGAACUGGAGAGGGUUCUUAAAACACACCAAAGCAAAGACAAGGAGAACUGGAAGGAAGAGUCUGGUUCAGAGAAAGAGCAGCUUGCUGAGGAAGAAGAUGAUGAGCUGAAGGAGGUUUUGGAUCUUCGAAAGAUUGCAGUGCAACUGCUGCAGCAGGAGCAACAGAACAGGUUUCUCAGUCAUUCCGGAGGAAGCAGCAAACAAAGAUCUCCCUCACAAACCGUUAGAAGUGCAUCAUUGGAUGAGGGAACCAGUACAUCUUCAGCGAUGUGCGGACAGGACGCCUACCUCACAGAUGAAGACACCGCUUUCUCUGAGCCUUCUUUAUCCUGCUCGUUCGAUGGAAGUUUGAAGUCUGAGAAUGGCGAUGGCGAGCCCAAGUGGCCGGAGCUUCCUCCCAUCCUAAACCAGAACGAAGACCGGAGACGACACAAAUACCUGAGGAAGGACUACCUCAAGUACAAGUGCCAAAGUGCACGAAGAAACUCAGCUGAAAAUGAUUGUGAGGAGGGAAUGCAUUCUGCAGACUUCAGCACAACAUUGACCGUCUUUGGCCUGAAGCCGAGAUCAGCGUUUUCCCGGAGCAGUCGCCAGGAGCUUGGCUCGACAGACCCCAGCUUCACGAUGAGGAGAAAGAUGGAGCAUCUCAGAGAGGAAAUGGAACAGAUACAGCUCCUGCGGCAGAAUCUGGAGUCACGGUUAAAGGUUUUGCUGCCUGAUGAUGUGGGUGCUGCUUUGAUGGACGGUGUUGUGUUGUGCCACCUGGCCAAUCACAUUCGACCUCGAUCCGUGGCCAGUAUUCAUGUGCCCUCGCCAGCAGUGCCAAAGUUGAGCAUGGCAAAGUGCCGGAGGAACGUUGAGAAUUUCCUAGAUGCUUGUAAGAAGCUUGGAGUGCCACAGGACAAGUUGUGUCUGCCUCAUCACAUUCUGGAGGAACGAGGUUUGGUGAAGGUUGGCAUCACCGUUCAAGCCUUGCUGGAUUUGUCAUCAUCCAAGCCAACUCAGACGUCCACCAUGUAGCACUCAAAUUGGGACAAAGCUCCCCAGACAAGCCAGGAUAUUCGGGCAUUCCCUAGCAUCGUCCAUUCUGCCUUACUUUUCUCUGAGCACUCUGCUGUUUCUUCUUCUCCUUUAGCCUCUGAAUGCUGACCACAGUGAACCUUUCUCUGACCAGAAGAAAGGGCUGGAACCUUCUAGCCUUAAUCCAAUUUCACACAGAUAUAUACAGUACUCGACUGAGGUAGAGGACUACCUCAUCAAGUGCAUUUUUCUUUUUUUUAUCUAUGGUUUUAAAAAAAAAAUGUUUCUCAAAUGCUGCACAACUCUACAAAAGGAUUUGGGAUUAAUUGUGUUUGUGGCUGCUAAAUGCUCAUGUAGCUAGCCAGUACCAAUUGACAAACACUGUGUAACACAAGCAGCAUCCAAUGUUAUAAUCACUUUUUUGAUUUUAUUUUGACCAUUAAGCAGCUUUGCCACCCCAAUAAAUGGCAAACUUUGUGAUAUUUAGGCAAUUCUCACGAAUUUGUUCUCUCGUCAUACCUCUGUUCUCCCUUAUUCAUUCUCUGCUAGACCCGAAGGCCCACAUGGACAAAGAGAGAAUUCUGACAGCUGAUUGGCUGAUAGGGAGCCACGGGCGGACUUUAUCAGACUUUAUCAGAUCGGCAAAAUGCCCUCUUCCUGCAUGAAGCCACUCUUCUGAAGUCUGGAAGAAUUCCUUGUACACAUGUAAGAAGAAGACUGAUUUUAAGUAGUGAAAAGUCAGGGAUCAGUGUUUUUUCCUCGAAUUCCUGACCAGACAAUGUGAAAUGUACAGAAGAUAUUGCGGAUGGAGCAACAUACACUCAAAGAAAAAAAAAAGAACCAACUUUUUUUUUCUUCUUUUUUUUAAUGGAUAAAUGAUAUGAAAUGCCUAGCAUUGUUUGGAUUAUUAUACUUUCAUUCAAUUACAAAGGUUUUAGUUAAAAUACAUACAUUUUUCUAAAUCACAGUUUUUAUUUGAGUCAAGUUUGAAUUCCUGAUGGAAUGCAGGUCUUAAGCACAGGACACACAUGCACACUCCCACA